AUGGCUUCUGGAAGAUCUUUCAAGCUCAGCUCUGGCUAUGACAUGCCGGCUGUUGGUCUGGGCACAUGGCUUUCAAAGCCCCAUGAGGUAGAAAACGCAGUCGAAACCGCUCUUCGUCUGGGUUAUCGCCAUAUUGACGCCGCCGCUUGUUAUUUGAACGAGAACGAGGUCGGAAACGGCUGGAAGAAAUCUGGAGUACCCAGAGACCAAAUCUUCAUCACAAGCAAGUUGUGGAACACACACCAUCAUCCCGACCAUGUGGAGGAGGCAGUCAACAAGACUCUGAAGGACCUCCAGACUGACUAUCUGGAUCUCUACCUGGUAUUUCCGUCCCUCCUUGUGCUCAUUCAUGACUUACUCUCUUUACUAACCAACAACAAGAUCCACUGGCCUGUGGCUUUCGAGCACACAAAUGAAACUCUCACCCCCAUCGAUCCUGUAUCGAAGCGGUUCCGUCUCGCAAAUAUUCCCAUCGCUGAUACAUGGGCCGCCCUGGAGAAGUUAGUCGACGCAGGAAAGGUCCGCAGCAUUGGCGUGAGCAACUUCACUAUCGAGAAGAUCGAGGAGCUCCUCAAGACUGCGCGGAUCCCUCCGGCUGUCAACCAGAUCGAAGCCCAUCCUUAUCUCCAACAGCCGGCUUUACACAAAUACCUAAAGGAGAAGGUAACAAACAUCCUUUCAGUGGCCUACAGCCCGCUGGGCAACAAUAUUUACAACGCACCUCGCGUGGUCGACGACCCAACGGUCAAGGAAAUUGCCCAAAAGCUGAACAAAGACCCCGCGGCCUUGCUGAUCUCGUGGGCUGUUCAACGUGGAACCUCCGUCUUGCCCAAGAGUGUCACGCCGUCGCGCAUUGAGAGCAAUUUUCAAGGUAUGCACACAUAUCCAUAUGUCCGACCAGUGUGA